GAACACCGGAAGUGAAGCCGUUUUUGCGCGACGGCCACAAUGUCAAAGGAUAUAAAAAACAAUUGUUUUUGAAAAAACUUCUUCCCAUGAAAUCUAAUAGGUCUUGGAUCUUAGACUAUUAAACAUUUAUCUCGUCUGAAAAACACUAAUUGGGCCUUUGAAGAGAAUGAAUAGAUUAAAGAGGAAAAUUGUAGAUAACGCUGCUGAAGGCAGCAGUAAUCAGUCAACCAAACUAGAUACUGUUAAGGAGAGACACGUAGCUGGGGUGAUUCUCGCUCGUGGCGGCAGCAAUGGAAUUCCUCUGCAGAACAUAAAAUUGUUGGCGGGUGUUCCACUGAUCGGAUGGGUUAUACGGGCAGCUAUAGACUCUGAUGUGUUUGACAGUCUGUGGGUAUCCACUGACCACGAUGAGAUUGAGCGGGUGGCAAAGAAAUGGGGGGCUAAAGUACACAGGAGGAGUGCAGAAGUGUCCAAAGAUACAACAAGCUCCCUGGAAACUAUUCAAGAGUUUUGCCGAAUGAACCCAGAGGUGGACAUCAUCUGUAAUAUUCAGGCCACCUCUCCAUGCCUCCACCCACACCACCUUAUACAGGCAGUGGAGAUGGUGACCAAACAAGGCUACGACUCUGUGUUCUCUGUCGAUCGCAGACACCACUUCCGUUGGCAAGAGGUCACCAAAGGAGAGGGCCCCGACACUAAGGCCCUGAACCUGAACCCAGCCAAGAGGCCCCGUCGCCAGGACUGGCCUGGGGAGCUCUGUGAAAAUAAAUCUUUUUACAUCGCCACCAAAAAACUUAUAGAUGAAGGAGUCCUGCAGGGAGGGAAGAUGGCCUAUUUUGAGAUGCCCGCAGAGUACAGCAUUGAUAUUGACAAUGACAUAGAUUGGCCUGUUGCAGAACAGAAGGUGCUCAGGUUUGGUUACUUCGGUAAGGACAAGCCGGAAUUGGUGCGGCUUCUCCUGUGUAAUGUGUUGGGCUGUUUGACAGAUGGGCAGAUCUCUCUGUCUGCAAAUGGAGACGAGAGGGUGUCUGUUAACAGCAGAGAUCUGGAUGGUAUCACCAUGCUGCAGAGAAAAGGAACAGAGGUGAUCCUUCUGACUUCCAGUGAGAACCCCACACUGGGGAGACUCACAGACAAGCUGUCCCAGAAAACAGGCUGUGUUGUGAUGUCUCUGAAUGAGCCGAAGCAGGUGGAGGUUGAGAAACUGAUGAAGGAGAAGAAGCUAGAAUGGAAAGAGGUGGCCUAUAUUGGUAAUGAUGCAACAGAUGUGGACUGCUUGAGCCUGGCUGGACUGAGCGCUGUGCCCCUGGACACCUCUGCGAUGGCGCUCAUUGCAGCAAAGUACCGGUGCCAGAGUACCGCGGGCCAUGGUGCGGUGCGGGAGUUCUGCGAGCACAUUCUGCACAGCCUCCAGCCAGCAGGGAAUCCUCAGUGCCAGAGCUUACCUCCCACCCAGACUUUGCCGCUUGCUACCAGUGCGAGUAUCUCCGCGUGUUCCUUCCCCUGCAGGGCCCAUGGCCGGUACCUGCCCUGGCCAAACCAGAGAUGGUCACGGCUCACCGCCGCGGAGAAGUUUUCUCGACGACGAUGGUGGCGGUGGCAGUGGCGGUGGUGGCGGGGGCGGCGGCUGCGGCGUGCACCACUUCCCGCCCCCGCAUCCCUUUUGGGGGACAAUGGGGGCCCCCCUUGUCUCAGGAGAGGCCAUCGUACCAAAGGCGCUCGGGGUCACACUGUCACACAGUGGCAGGGGAUUAAAUACAGACAAAAAAGGUGUGUUUUGUCCAAGGGUGUGUAGUUAAUAAUUUAGACAACAGUGAAUCCCCCUUGCACGCGGGGGGAGGAGCAUUCCGUGACCGAAUUGAAUUCAGCCGUUCUGAAAAAAGUUCUGAAAAAAGUAGAAAGUGGUGUUAUGAAAAUGUGAUGUGUGAAGGGUAAUGACGAUAUAUUAUGUUUCUAUUAGGGGUGGGACUUGAUUAAAAAAAAUGUAUCUAAAUAAUUAGAAGCUUUGUAAUUAAUUAAUCGAAAUUAAUCACAUUUUAAUCACAUUUCAAUAUUUAACAUGAGAAAUAUUAAUUUAAGUUUGGAUGACGAAUGAAUCAAUGAACAUAAGCUUAAACUUCAAAAUCUUGUUUAUUUUCCCACCAGUCUACUAUACAGACCAAUAGAUUAGUGCAGAAAACACAGAGCAAACAGUUUUCAGAACACUAGAAAUUCUGACAAAAAAUACAAAAGUACUGAUUGACUUCAACUGCUCCCAUAAAUAAAAUAAAAUAGAUAAAAUAUUGUCUACCAUCAUCUAAAAUGGUAUUAAGACAUCCUCUGACUUCAGUUCUUCUUAUUCUUACAAUAUCCUGAGCAAAACUCCCCAAGUUAAACAACAACAACAUCAAGCAUGUCAAUAUGAUCAACAUUUAGUUAAGUCAAUAACACAAACCCAUUGGCCUUAUGAUAACAUCUACUGCUUCCUCAGCCAGUUACUGAGACAAACUGGCCUUUCGACAUUUUCAGAGGUCAAUGCUGCCCUCUUCUUCUGAACUAUGUUACCAGCAAGCGAGAAAAGUCUCUCACAAGGAACAGACGUGGCAGGACUGGCCAGAUAUUUUCGGGCCACGGCAGGGCAGGACAUUGUCUUUCUGGACGGCAGUUCGUAACUUGCAUCAGCUGACGCAAUUUGCAGCGUCUCUUGUAACCCUUUAUCUACAGUGCACAGUAAUCCGUCUCGCUAGUGAAUUGGUCAAUUUGUCUGACGUGGACUUUGACAUUUUGUUUCUGAAUGUGAACCCCGACAUGUGGUCGACUGUUGAGUGGCGACACUGUUUGCUCGUACUAGGAAUACUAUCACAUUUAGCAGCUACGUUAACAUUACUGACCUGCGCGCUAGCCCCAAUAUGUUUUGCGUUGAGGUGGUAACGAAGGGUGGAAGUGCUUCUGUGAUGACCAAACUCCUUCCUGCAUAAAGUGCAAAUAACAAAUUUUUUGUUUGUACUUCCAUCUGGAAGUUUCUUGUAUUUAAAUUUCCCAUC